AUGGAAUUCAUGACUUCAACUCUGGUCCUCAUGUACAAGGUCUCAAAAGGGCCAAGGAUGGGGCCGAACAAGCAGCUAACAGGUGUGGCGACGGAAUCUCAAAGGGUUGUUCGUGAGUGUGAGGUCACUGCAAUUCUCAUCUUAUAUGGACUUCCAAGGUUACUAACUGGAUACCUCUUGGCUCACGAGAUGAUGCAUGCUUAUCUUAGACUCAAUGGACAUAGGAUUCUAAACAAUGUUCUUGAGGAAGGAAUAUGCCAAGUGCUAGGCCACAUGUGGUUGGAGUCUCAGACAUACGCCCCUAUUGAUGCUGCAGCUUCAUCAUCAACUUCUUCUUCCCGUACUCCUCUAGCUGCUGCUAGUGCAUCAAAGAAAGGUGAGUGCUCUAAUUUCGAGAAGAAGCUCGUGGAGUUUUACAAGAACCAGAUAGAAGAAAAUGAUUCACCGAUCUACGGUCUCGGGUUCAAGAAAGUUUAUGAGAUGGUUUCAUAUACUAGCUUCCAGGAAACACUCAAGGAUAUUAUUCACUGGGGUUGA